GGUAGGAAAAAAGGAAGGAGGGAGGUAGGAGAAAAGAAGGAAGCGGGGAAAAGGAAAAUUUGUAGAUGUUUUCCAUACUUUGUCUCAUUUGGUCCUUAUAACAACUCUGAGGUAGAUGCUAUUAUAAAUAGAGAAACUGAGUCUGGGAGAGGUGAAAUGAUUUGCCCAUGAUCACAAGACUAUACUAAAGUUGGGAUUUGAACCCAAGUCAAGUGGCUAAUCUGACCUGAACUCAACAUCCACGUCUCUAUCCAGUGGCCAUUUUAUAUCCUCGCCCAGUAGAGUACAAGUUCCCUGGGAACAGACUGUCGAAAUUUUUUGUGCACAUGCUUCUAUCCCUGGUGCCUGCUGCUCUUUAGUUGCUUCCUGCUUCCUGAAUUGAAUACAUCAGAAAAAUGCAUUUAUUAUAUGCCUACUAUAUGGUGGACAUUAAUACAGAAUUUAGAGAAAGUACACUGUCGGCCCUCGAGGAUCUCGCAGCCUAGGAUAUACCCAUUCAAAGGACUGACGCUCUGAGCUUUUUCUUGAUUCUGUCUUGCAGCCUUUUGUCGUGACUUCUGCAAACCAAGGCCAGAAUUCGGAAAAGCAGCCCCACGAUCUCAGCAUUGAUAUUUAUAGCCACACCCUGUAUUGGACCUGUGAGGCCACCAACACCAUUAAUGUCCACCGGCUGAAUGGGGAAGCCAUUGGAGUGGUCCUUCGAGGGGACCAUGACAAGCCCAGAGCCAUUGUGGUUAAUGCCGAGCGCGGGUACCUGUACUUCACCAACAUGCAGGACCGUGCUGCCAAGAUUGAGCGGGCAGCCCUGGAUGGCACCGAGCGGGAAGUGCUCUUCACCACCGGCCUUAUCCGGCCAGUGGCCCUGGUCGUUGACAACAAACUGGGCAAGCUCUUUUGGGUGGACGCUGACCUGAAGCGCAUCGAGAGCUGUGACCUGACAGGAGCAAACCGGGUGACGCUGGAGGACUCCAACAUCGUGCAGCCCCUGGGCCUGACCGUGCUGGGCAGCCACCUGUACUGGAUCGACCGCCAGCAGCAGAUGAUCGAGCGCAUCGACAAGGCCGGCGGCGCCAGGCGCACCCGCAUCCAGGGCCGGAUCUCCCACCUGACCGGCAUCCACGCCGUGGAGGAGGUCAACAUGGAGGAGUUCGCCGCCCAUCCGUGUUCCCGAGACAACGGCGGCUGCUCGCACAUCUGCAUCGCCAAAGGCGACGGGACGCCGCGCUGCUCGUGCCCGGUGCACCUGGUGCUCCUGCAGAACCUUCUCACGUGCGGAGAGCCCCCCACCUGCUCGCCGGACCAGUUCACGUGCGCCACCGGCGAGAUCGACUGCAUCCCGAUGGCCUGGCGGUGCGACGGCUUCCCGGAGUGCGACGACCAGAGCGACGAGGCCAACUGCCCCGUGUGCUCGGCCGCCCAGUUCCAGUGCGAGAAGGGCCAGUGCAUCGACCUCCGCUGGCGCUGCAACGGAGAGGUCGACUGCCAGGACAAGUCCGACGAAGCCGACUGCGACGGUAAGGCGCCUCGGACCCUCGGCCGUGUCCCGGCACCCUGCCAGGGACCCAGAGGCCAGGACAGGAUCCUGCCCUCCCCGAGCCCCCAUUCUGGCCAAGGAAGGAAGGGCUCGCCCUGGGGGGCUCCCUGAGGGAGUGGGGGGGGGACGCCUCCACUUAGCCUUCAAGGGAUUCUGAGGAAGGAAGAAGAGGCAUAGCAGAGGCAGGACAACAGCCUUGCAAAGGCUGGGAGGUGGGAGAUGGACUCCGCAAGUCAGGAAGCUACAAGAUCUCCAGGUAGGCUGGAGUGGAGAUACGACCCUCAGGGCGAGGCCCAGGAGUUUCCUUUUUAUCCUGCGGCCAUGAGGCGCUCCCUGGAGGGUCACUCGCUGGGAAGCAGCACUGCCCGGCCAGGCUCAGGACGAAAGAAAGCUCCAGGGAGGGGCCUCCCAUCUGGGAGAAGUGAACAGCCCAAGGGAAAGCCUCAUGCGUGUGUUCUGGACGCGCCUCGGCCAUCUCUGAAGCCUGUAGUGCUAGUCUGUCCUGUGAGAGGAUGGGAACAAAGGGACCUUCUUCUCCAGAAGGGACCAUAUGAGAGACAGAGACGGAGGAAGACAGACAGAGACAGAGAGAGAGAGACAGACAGAGAGACAGAGA